AUGAGUAAAAUUCCAUAUGCUUCUGCUAUUGGAUCUAUCAUGUAUGUCAUGUUAUGUACCCAUCUAGAUGUCUCAUAUGCCUUAAGCAUGACGAGCAGGUACCAAGUAGAUCCCGAUGAAGGUCACUGGACCACAGUCAAGAAUAUCCUUAAGUACUUAAGAAGAACUAAGGAUACGUUCCUAAUAUAUGGAGGUGAGGAAGAGUUAAGUGUAAAAGGUUACACUGAUGCCAGCUUCCAAACCGACAAGGAUGAUUCUCGAUCGCAAUCAGGUUUUGUGUUUUGCCUUAAUAGUGGUGCUGUGAGCUGGAAGAGUUCAAAGCAAAGUAUAGUAGCCGAUUCUACAACAGAGGCUGAAUAUAAUGCAGCUAGUGAGGCAGCAAAAGAAGCGGUUUGGAUCAAGAAGUUCAUUACUGAACUAGGGGUUGUGCCUAGCAUAUUAGAUGCUAUAGAACUUCGAUGUGAUAACAUUGGAGCCAUUGCACAAGCAAAAGAACCCAGAUCUCACCAAUGA